UUGCUUUGUUCAUUAAGCUCUGGUGGGAACCAUUCAGCAGUAGAACAAUUACAUUGUUGAGUCCACAUGGGUCUGUUGACUUCCAAAGAAUUGAAAACGAGACACGUUCGCAUCUUAAUGUUGGGUCUGGAGGAAGCGGGUAAAUCCACCUUGUUAUACAAACUAAAAUUCAGUAAUACUGAAUUUCUCACUGCCUCCACCAUAGGUUUCAACGUGGAAAUGCUGCAGCAUGAUAAGAGCGUGGCCCUCACAGUCUGGGAUGUUGGGGGACAGUACAAGAUGCGGCAACUCUGGCCCUUUUACUUUCAAGACACCGACGGGCUCAUGUUUGUGGUGGACAGCGCCGACAAGGAGCGCAUGGAAGAUUCCAGGAAAGAAUUUGAACGGACGCUAAAACACGAGUGUCUGAAAGGGAUCCCGGUGGUGGUCAUGGCAAACAAGCAGGAUCUUAAAGGUGCGCUGUCUGCAGAGGAAAUCACCAAACGCUUCCAUCUGAAGAGAUGCUGCUCGGACCGAGACUGGUACGUCCAGCCCUGCUGUGCAAAGACGGGCGAGGGAUUAAGCGCAGCCUUUAAUGUUUUAAUUUCACACGUCAAAAGGAAAAUGCCCUCUAAAGACGAAGGGCCACACAUUUAUAUUCAAGAAGACAGAUGAACAGAAGUAUUCCAACUGUGCGGAAUUUACACUCCUUGUCGUUCUGUGUGAAACGAAGGAACACGAACAGUUCGAUAUGUUGAUACUGAUGCAUUGACGCUCUAGGUCGAAUCUAAAAUCCGUUUGUCACAGUUCUGUCUCUUACUUUUGUUUUUUUGAUCCGAAUUAAUAUAGAAGCAGCGUAAUAAUGUUUUGGAAGCCAUUAUGUUGGUGUAAUGAAUGUCAGAAGCAACCGGAUACCUGAACCCCAGCCCCUUGAAAUCCAUCCCUAAAUUACAGUCGCUUCUCAAUUUCCCUCCCUUUCUUUAACGCUCUGCAUAAGACCUGCAUAUCGAAUGUCCUAGUAUCUUUUUAUGUGGCUGGGUGUUGAAUUUUGUUAGGAACGUUUACUGCUUUAAAGGCGCUAUGUAAGUGCAAGUUGCUGUUUUAAGCACAGGUGGGUUACAGCGGCCCAGAGUGUUUAAAUAAUGAAUUGUAAUUUCUGAGUCUUAAAGCGCAUUGAUAGGUGUUGGUCUAACCAUCUAAAAGCUAAUUCAUUCUGAAACUGGAAAUAUAUCAUGGAAAGUUACUGUAUAAUUCUUAACAACGGCAGCAGCACACCACUCCUUGUCCGCAAGUUGACCUGCUCCCAAUGAGAAAUUAAAAUUCAUUUACUUAAAUAUUCUAAUAACCCCCUAUAAGCUAACACAUCUGUACUUACCACAAUGUGCACUUAGAACAUAGGACAUAGAAAACUACAGCACAGUACAGGCCCUUUGGCCCACAAUGUUGUGCAGACAUUUUAUCCUGCUCUAAGAUCUAUCUAACCCUUCCCUCCCACAUAGCCCCCCAUUUCUCUAUCAUUCAUGUGUCUAAGAGUCUCUUACAUGUCCCUAAUGUAUCUGCCCCCACAACCUCUGCAGGCAGUACGUUUCAUGCACCCACCACUCUCUGUGUAAAAAAAACUUACCCCUUCCACCACUUACCCCUUCCUUAUACCUUCCUCCAAUCACCUUAAAAUUAUGUCUCCUCAUGUUAGCCAUUGUCGCCCUGGGAAAAAGUCUCUGACUGUCCACUCAACCUAUGCCUCUUAUUAUCUUGUACACCUCUGUCAAGUCACCUCUCAUCCUCCUUCUCUCCAAAGAGAAAAGCCCUAGCUCACUCAACCUAUCCUCAUAGGACUUAUAUAGUGCCUUAAUGUAGUGAACCUUCCUAACAAAAUUCAGGUGCUCGGCCACAUCAAGUUAGAAAUUAUACAUUCAACUGAGUUCCAGUGACUUUACUUCAAACCAGUAUGCAAUCAAUAUUUCAUCUUCAUGGCAAAUAAACUAAAACCUAUUUACAUCAAUGCAAAAAUUGGUAACAAAAUUACAAUCCCAUAGAACAGUAUAUAUGUUAUACCUUCUGAUUUUUAUAUUUUUAGCAAGGAAAUAACACCUUAUGUUUUAAUACCUAAGUUACAGUAUACUGUUAAAAAUGGCAUUUUCUCACUUUGCCACAAUUGUGGAAAGCGCUAUCAGUGAAUGGUCCAUAAGAAGUAUCAAGUACGCAUGUAAAUUAGUGGCGGCCUCACUUAUCAGGACUAUUCUAGAUUAGUUCUAGACUUCUUCAGGUUAAAUAUCUACAAAGGUCCCUCAGACUCUUACAUGUUUCACUGAAGUCACCUCUUAUUUGUCUAAACUCCUGAGAAAACGGGUUCAUUCUACUUGUUCUUCCCUCAGAGUUCAACCCCUUCAUCUCAUGAAUCAGUCUUUAGUGCACUGCUACCAAGGCAGGUAUAUAUGCCUUUAAAGAAUAGGGUCAAAACUAUGUGCAGUGUUUCAGGUUGGUCUCACCAAGGAUCCGUAUAGAUGCAGCAGAAUUUUUUACUCUUGUGUUCUGUGCAACAAGGAUGACUUUCCCAUUUCUUUUUUUUAUUAUUUGCUGUACCUACAUGUCAACUUUGUUCCUUGUACAAGGAACCCCUGAUUUCUCUGAAUGCCAACAUUUGAUAAUCUCGGGAAAACAAGAACUGAGAUGUUGGAAGAACUCAGCUGACCAAGCAGCGUCUGUGGAAAGAGAAACCUAUCAAUAUUUCUGGUCAGCAACACUUCCUUACAACCUUGAGAGUCUGAAAUUUUCAAUAAUAUUUUUCUUUUCUAAUUUUCUAACCGAGUGGAUAACCUUACAUUUCUCCAAUACAUCUGCAACCUAUUGCCAAUUCAUCUAAAUGUCUUUGUAGAGUUUUCCUGUUCUCACAACUAAAUUUCCCACCUAUCUAAGUUUUGUGAACAAACUCACAUACAUAAUAUCGGACUUUGCUCACACACUUGGUUCAUUCAUCUAGGUCAGUAUUCUAUAUUGUAAGUAGCUGAGGACCCCAGGAUUUAUUCCCAAGCUACUUCACAGGUUGCAGUUUGUUAACCUGAAGAUGACCCUUGCUAAUUCAUCAGGACCUAUCUAGAAUCUAUGGAAUUUUGAAAGAUAAAAAUCAAGGCAGACGUCAUCUUUUAUAGAUUUCUACCCCAAUUCCCAAGUCACUCCAGCCUAUCACUCUUUUUAACGCUAUUGUAAGUCUCUUUCUUUUUAACCUACUACAUUGAUAUACAACAUACGCCUGCAGGGCACAUCCAGUCUGCAAGAUCUUUCUUUCUGGUUCAUCCCAGAACCAAAAACACAGCAGCAUAUGUGGCAUAGAUGGGUGAUCCUGAUAGGCUUAACUUUGUUCCACAUGGGUACCAAAGUUUUAAUGCUCCAAACUAACCAUCUAAAAUAUUCUUUUAUGAUACAUGGCAAUCUUCUAACAUAGCAUUCCUUGCAUUUAGUGAAACCUGCCAUUAGACAGCUUGCAAACAUUGAAUGAUCAGUGCUGGUUCAGAGCAUAGACCAUACCAGACCAUUUAGAUUUGCAUCAUCCAAUGAUCCAAUGGAAACAUGAUGUCCACAGCUUACUUUCCAUCUCCAAAACCCUUGAAAUCAGCUGCAAUAAAUUAACAGCAGUAAACUCUAUUUGUUCUCAAGAAUAGGUCCAGCAUGUGUAGUGUGUGAGGCCUUAAGUGUUCUAGGGAAUGAUGCUGAUGUCGCUGCCAGGAUCUUGAAUGGGGAAGGCAAGGGGAUUCUUCCAUUCGAUCCUUGUAGUGUCAACGUUGAUCAGUUUGCUUUUGUUUUGUUAGUCAUUCUUUGACUGCAAGAAAAAAUGUUUAAAAGGUUUCAAAUCAAGAUAUUUUAAAUGAAUAUCUGAAUAUUAAGAAUUUAUUGCCAGAUAUGUUACCUAUGUAAUUUCUGUCUGACCACUCACAGCCAUUUCUCUGCAACAUUACUCCUCCACCCAGACCAAAACCUUGGUACUGUUAUGAACUGGGUUACUAUUCGUGAAUGUCCCUUUAAGAUAGCGCAUAGUGGUGUGUGUGUGUGUGUGUGUGUGUGCGCGUGUGUGUGUGUGUGUGUGUGUGUGUUGGCGUGGUUACGACAACAGAAGAUAAAGGACGUAAUGACAUUUUUGGAGAAGUCAGUCGGAGUCAGUCUAGAGGAGAGAGAGAGAGAGCAGGAGAGAGAGAGACACCAGCCUGCUAGUCUCUAUCGAUGGAUGGAAAUCAGUAACUGUGCCUGUCACUACAAUCCAUGUAUGGAUUUUUGGAGUAAUCCGGUGGAGUCCACUUUGUUGUUAACCUGUAGAGGGAAACAGGUAUUUAUGCGGACGGCCACGUCUCGGAUGCUUUUCAGGGUGGCAGAUACUUCGGAACAAAGCAGUGGAGUUCACUUUGUUGUUGACCUGUAGAAGGAAACAGGUAUUUGUGUGGACUGCCACGAUUCGAAAGCCUUUUGGGGUGAGGAAGAUGCGGUGGAGUGGUCACUGCUGAGUAAACACUGAGGCGUUGUUUGGGUUCCAUCAUGGAACAUUUGGAUUUCGUAAUUACUCUCUAUUUUCUCUCUACAUCUACGUUUUGUCUCCAGUCAACGGUGGUUGUUGAAGAAGCUUUUGCUCACGUUUCACCUUAUGGCUUGCUGAACUGAACUUUAAGAACCAUUCCUGGACUUGGAGUUUGGGAAUUUGCCACACACACACACUACGAGUUUAGUUUUUGGGGUUAAUGUUUAAGAUAUAACAGUUUUACUUCUAACAUUCUAACAUCUUUACUUUUA